AUGGAUCUAGAGGCACUUUACCCUGGAAACGAACCCGAACAGCGCUACCUAUGCCAGGUCAUGGCUUCCUUGCACCGACGCCGCAUCGAGAUAAUCAAGGAGAAAGCCACCGCAGUACCACCUGCAGUUAUGGUUCUAGACAUGUGUGCCGUGGAUCCAAGCUACCAGCGGAAAGGAAUUGCUAGAGCACUAGUACAGUGGGGUCUCGAUGAAGCUCGCCGGCGUGAUAAUCUGGAGGCUAUCACUGAAGCCUCCAGCAUGGGAAGACAUGUCUAUGAGAAGAUGGGAUUCCAGGCGGAAGGGCCUGAUAUCGAAUACUUCGUGGAUGAUGAUUUCGAAUGUCGCAAGGGACCGCCCAACGUUUUUAUGCGUACCCACGGCAACCUUGAAUGA